AUGAGGUCACCAGUAGCAGCAAAACAGAAACAGCAGCCACAGCAGCAGCACCGGCAACAGCACCAACAGCAACAGCACCAGCAACAGCACCAACAGCAGCAGCAACAGCAGCAGCAGGAGCAACAGCAGCAGCAGCAGCAACAGCAGCAGCAGCAGCACCGGGUGGUAAUGAGUGAAGGAGACGCAAAGGGAUCGGUUCGUCUCAAAUCGUCCGUUUGGACAAAAGACGAAUCCUCCGGCAAGUCGUGUCUGCAGCAGCAGCAGCAACAGCAGCAGCAGCAGGAUCAACAGCCACAGAAGCAGGAUCAGCAGCAACAGAAGCAGCACGAUCAGCAGCAGCAGUACGAUCAUCAGCAGGGCGAUCAGAAUCAGCAGCAGGAUCAGCAGCAGCAACAGCAGCAGCAGCAGCAGCAGCAGGUGUACAUGAGAAAUAUCCAGGGCAGAAGCGGAAACAGCAGCAGCAUUAACUCGCGCAAUCUGGCAGCAGCAGCAACUGUUGCUGCUGCUGCUGCUGCUGCAGCAGCAGCUGCGGUUGAAGAGCAGGCCCUGGGGAAGGCGCCGGAGGAGGCCCUGUGGGGUCUUCCACAACAGCAGCAACGCUUCUUGCUGCUGCUGCUGCUGCAACAGCAGCACAUGCUGCAGCACAUGCUGCAACAGCAGCAGCAGCUGUUGCCUGAAAGAUGGCGGCGCCGGCAGCAGCAGCAGCAGCUGCUGCUGCAGCUGCUGCUGCUGCUGCAGCUGCAGCAACAAAAGGCAAACUAG